GUUUAAGAAAGGUUUCCAUACCUUCUCUCGUUUAUAUUUCACAAAAAAAAGAUAUAGUGGCUUUCAUUACUUUUAUUCUGCAUUACGAAAAUGGUUCGACAAUUGUAGCAGUUUUCAAAAAG